AUGUACAAAAUCCGCCUAUAUGCAUCGCCUCUACGGUUCAAGUCGGUGCGCGUUGAAAGCUCGACUAUAUAUCUUGACCAAUUUCAAUUCGAUGUAACUGCUGGCCAACAAUAUUUAAAGCCUUUUCCUGUUUGUUUGGAGGUCGAUCAAGGUCUGUUCGGUGCGGUUUUGGUGUACAUGGGCUAUACGGAGGCUAUGAUGUAUCUUUAUAGCUUUGCUAAAGAUUUUUUGGCUGAGCUUUGUUCCAAGGUGGAAGAAGUGAACGUCAGUCUGAUCAACCAGAAGGUCCGAAUAUCCCUCAUUUCCAAUGGACAUGGACACCACAGGGGCGCACACGGAUAUGAGGAUCCUCUUUGUCCCUGGCCUUACUUCGAGCAACACCGGUCAAAUAAAAUCAACAGAGAACUCAACUUCGGUUAUAUCCGUCACCAAGCCUCCCAGUCACAUGGAAUGUUUCCUGCAGGAUGCAUAGUGGCACAGAAGAUUGAGAAAGAAGAACUGGCAGAGGCACUCGAGGAGAAGAUCCCAGCAAUAGCGCAGGAGCACGGAGGCAAGCUAAACGCUAUAUUAAGAGGUUCAGACGCCGCCUUCAAGCAAGCAAAAAACACAUUCGUAGACCAAUUUGAAGGCCAUCCCAGGGCAUGUGUGAUCGAGCUAUAUGCUCCACAACAUAUCAGGAGAAGGAAUAAGGAGAUUGAGAGCCAGCUAUCGCAGAACAGAGACGAUCCUGAAAGGCAGAAGGACUUGGAUGGCAUGAUGAGAUUUAUUGAAUCUGCAAUGAGUACAGCAGGGCCAUAG